AUGAAAUAUAUAUUAAGUAUUAGUCUUUUUUUAAUUCUUUUAAAUUUAUAUAAAUGUGCUAGUAUAUCAUGUGAAAUAGAUUACACCCCUAGUACCAAUAUUACUAGCAAUUUAAAUUCUAAUUUAAGAAGCUGUUCUUCUAAUCUUGUUCUUUCUUCAAAUAUAGAUUCUACUAAAUUAGAAGGAACAUAUGGUGAAAAUUUAAACGACAGUGUAUCUUUGACGAAUAAUAUUAAUGAUCAUACAACUAACGAAUCAAAUAUAUCAAAUGUAUCAAAUAUAUCAAAUGAAUCAAAUAUAUCAAAUGAAUCAAGUAUAACUAACCAGUCAAAUUUAUCUAGCGAAACAAAUAUAUCUAGCGAAACAAAUAUAUCUAACGAAUCAAGUGUACCAAAUGAAAGCAGUGUCAAUGAGGUACCUCAACUUGAAGUACCUAAAGAUGCAGUAGAAAAUCACACAGAAUCCAAAGAUGUUUUAUUGAAUGAAAAGGAAAAUUUUGCAAAUGGAGUGGAAACACAUGUUGAUCUAGGAUCCCAAGAACAAUAUUUUGGAUCUUCCUAUGAUAUGAAUAUGGACACAGAAGGAGGAAUAAAAAAGUUCAAAAAUGUGUUUCAGUCUUAUUUUAAUCAAUCCAAAGGAAAUAGUGGUACUGAAGGUGAUGGAUCAAGUGUAUUUGGAUCCAUAUUUGGUAGCUUAUUAACCCCUAUAGAUUCAUUGUUAGAAAAAUUUAUAGGAUCUAACAAUACAAAUUCGGAUUCUAAUGUGAAGAACACUUCUAUGGGAAAUGGACAAAAUAAAUACGACAAUAAUAUAUACUUAGAUGAAGAAGAUGCUUUGAGUGAUGCAGAACAUUAUAAUGAUGGUAGUAUAAGUUUAGGCGAAGAAGAUGAGUUGAGUGAUGCAGAACAUUAUAAUGAUGGAAGUAUAAGUUUAGAUGAAGAAGAUGAGUUGAGUGAUGCAGAACAUUAUAAUGAUGGAGGUAUAUGUUUAGGUGAAGAAGAUGAGUUAAGUGAUGCAGAACAUUAUAAUGAUGGAGGUAUAAGUUUAGAUGAAGAAGAUGUGUUGAGUGAUGCAGAACAUUAUAAUGAUGGAGAUAUAAGUUUAGAUGAAGAUGAGUUAAGUGAUACAGAAAAUUAUUAUGAUGGAGGUAUAAGUUUAGACGAAUCAGAUGAUUUGAGUGACCCCGAAAGUAAAACAAAAGAAGAUAACUACCAUUUAUAUUAUUGGGAUGAUUUCUAUCAUGAAUAUAAACCAACUUAUUUAAAUUAUCAUAUGCAUUAUACACUUUAUGAACCAAACAAUUUUUAUGAUACUACUAAUGAAGAAACACACAAUUUUUAUAAUACUACUAAUGAAGAAUCACACAAUUUUUACAACCCUACUCAUGAAGAAUCACACAAUUUUUACAACCCUACUCAUGAAGAAUCACACAAUUUUUACAACCCUACUCAUGAAGAAUCACACAAUUUUUACAACCCUACUCAUGAAGAAUCACACAAUUUUUACAACCCUACUCAUGAAGAAUCACACAAUUUUUACAACCCUACUCAUGAAGAAUCACACAAUUUUUACAACCCUACUCAUGAAGAAUCACACAAUUUUUACAACCCUACUCAUGAAGAAUCACACAAUUUUUACAACCCUACUCAUGAAGAAUCACACAAUUUUUACAACCCUACUCAUGAAGAAUCACACAAUUUUUACAACCCUACUCAUGAAGAAUCACACAAUUUUUACACCCCUACUCAUGAAGAAUCACACAAUUUUUACAACCCUACUCAUGAAGAAUCACACAAUUUUUACAACCCUACUCAUGAAGAAUCACACAAUUUUUACAACCCUACUCAUGAAGAAUCACACAAUUUUUACAACCCUACUCAUGAAGAAUCACACAAUUUUUACAACCCUACUCAUGAAGAAUCACACAAUUUUUACACCCCUACUCAUGAUGAAUUUAAUGUUCCUUUAAAUUAUAACCAUGACUACGAUUACAAUUACUUUGAAAAUGAUAAUUAUAAUAUUCAAAAUGUUAAAGACAAUUUGGUAAAAAAAGUUAAUGAUUUCAUGGAAUCAGAUAAUUUAUUAGUUAAUACCUUUAAAGGUAUAGCUGGGGGUGUUACUAGUUUUUUCGGAUAUUAA